UUGUUUGUCACUGUGAGCAUGUAGUAUUAUGUGUCAGCGCGUGGUGGGAAACAACCCAUCUUCUUCCUGCCAGGAGAUAAGAUGCUGUGCUUGGCCUGUUUGAUCGUGGCUGUUUUUUCUCUCCAUGUUUUGCAAAGACUUUGUUUUCCGUACUUUUGGAAAGAUUUAUUCUUCCUGUUGAGCGUGAUUCGGUAUGGUGUGAGGCUGGAGAUGUUCAAGCUGACCUCCAGAGUGUGCACCGUCCUGGACAGGUUCAUCCAGCAGGCGCAACGCAUCCCCGACAAGCCUUUUCUGAUCUACGAAGGACGCAUCCACACUUAUAAGGACGUUGAGCAGCGCAGCAACAGGUUCGCGAAUGUUUUCCUCCAGAAACUCAACGUGAGGAAAGGCGACUGCGUUGCCUUGCUGAUGAACAACGAGCCCGAUUUCAUCUGCGUGUGGUUCGGGUUGGCGAAACUCGGCUGCUCGGUGGCGUUUCUCAACACGAACAUCAAGGCGAGGUCUUUGCUACAUUGCUUCAACUGCUGUGGUGCCAAAACGAUCAUAGUUGGGGCAGAUGUAGAGUGUCUUGAUGGCAUCAUAAGCACCCUCGUGGAGGACAACAUUCAGGUGUGGGCCAUGAAGAGCCAGUGUGAGAACACACAGGUGCACGCCCUGUUGGCUCACAUAGACGCUGCCUCUGACAAACCUGUACCCGCAAUUUUACGAGCUGCCACGUCCCUCAAAUCGCCCACCCUCUACAUCUUCACCUCUGGAACUACUGGGCUUCCUAAGGCAGCAGUGAUCACUCACCUCCAAAGCUUGAAAGCAGCAGGAGGGUUCUGGGCAUUUGGAGCGACUGAAAAGGACGUCAUGUACGUCCCUCUGCCUCUUUACCACAGUGCAGCUUCACUGAUCGGUAUCGGCGGAACCAUUGAGCUUGGUGCGACUUGCGUUCUGAAGAAGAAGUUCUCAGCAUCACAGUUCUGGAGCGACUGUCGAAAGUAUGAUGUGACGGUGUUCCAGUAUAUUGGUGAACUGUGCAGAUACCUCUGCAACCAACCAAAGACACAGAUGGACAAAGUUCACACAGUGCGGAUGGGAGUUGGGAAUGGGCUGCGUCAGGACGUCUGGAAGGAGUUCCAGAGACGCUAUGGCAACAUUCAGAUGUGCGAGGUGUACGGCUCCACUGAGGGGAACCUGUGUUUCAUGAAUCACAUUGGAAAGAUUGGCACAGUGGGACGUUCCAACUUCUUCUACAGGCUUCUGUUCAAGUAUGAUCUGGUAAAGUACGACAUGAAGAAAGACGAGCCAAUGAAAGAUCAGUUUGGCUUCUGUCAGCGAGUGAAGAAGGGUGAGACGGGGCUUUUACUGUCAAAAGUAAGCGCCCUCAGCCCUUUCUUUGGCUACGCUGGAAGCAAGCAGCUGACUGAGAACAAGCUGAUACGAAAUGUGUUUGUGAAGGGCGAUGUCUUCUUGAACACAGGUGACCUUAUGGCGGAAGACCACGAGGGCUUCAUCUGUUUCAAAGACAGAAUAGGAGACACCUUUAGGUGGAAAGGGGAAAAUGUAGCAACCACAGAGGUGACAGAGACUCUUGGUUUACUGGACUUUGUUCAGGAAGUCAAUGUCUAUGGAGUGGAAAUACCAGGACAUGAAGGAAGAGCAGGAAUGGCUGCCAUGAUUGUACGACCAGGCCUCAUGUUUGAUGGGAACAAACUUUUUGAGCAUGUGGUGCGGGAUUUACCCACAUAUGCUCAACCCCUCUUUAUAAGGCUUCAGGAAGUCAUGGAAAUGACGAGCACUUUUAAGCAGCAGAAGUUUCAGCUGGUUCAGAGCGGCUUUAGCCCGUCAGCAAUAUCAGAUCCUCUCUACGUGUUGGACUAUCAGCAGCACAGCUAUAUCCCUUUAACAGACACUAUCUACCAGAGUAUACUCUGUGGCGAACGCAAGCUAUAGCGCCCUCUGCUGAGCGUAAUGGCACACGUGCAAGCACAUAAUGAAUUAGCUUGGCUUCAUCUUGUUUUUCACGUGGUUAACAAUUACAAUCAAACAUAGUGAUCUGGUUCUUGGUGAACAGUUAUAAGCUAGCCAUUUUCACAAUGAAGAACAGUUAUUUGUCAAUCAAUACAAUAAAUACGAAAAAAUACUUUUUUGUAUUAAGAGUACAUUUCAUGAAGAAACAACCACCCUAAUCACCCCGCCCCUCAAAAUUAAAUUACCUAAACGGUUUAAGUCUUGAAUUUAUUAUAAUUACAUGUUUGCACUAUUUGUGGCUUACAGUAAAUUGAGACAUGACUGUCCUAUACUGUGCUUCCUGCAGCCUUUAUUGUGAAAAAUCAAGAACGGUCAAAAAAAUUGUUAAUGUUAUUGUGUUACGUCCAUAUUGUGCACGUUUUCUUUUCUUCUUUAUUUUCUUGUCUUCAAUUCUAAUGUUGCUUGUGUCUUGCUAUGCGUUUGCGUUUAUAUUGUUACGCUUCAGUGCAAAGUGAAGUUUGAACACCGGAAGGAGAGGCUGGUAGCAAAUGUGAAAGUUGAAAAUACAGUACUUUCAUAACAAAAUGGAAAACAUAAAACAACGGUGAGGGUGCAAAAUAGUAACAAAAAUUUAGCAGCACGAGGGAAAGGUAGCAAAAAAAGCACAAUAUAAAGUACAAUGGAUCGCGCUGCUAGGACGUGACCACGAGCAGGAAAUAACUAUAACAACAGACGAUGGUAAAACUGAACAGUUAAUAAUGCUUAUACCGCGUAGCAAACAUCAGACGCAAAGUGACGGCAGGUAAGCAGCACAAAAACUCGGCAAAGACAAAUCGUACGGAGCGCAAGGGGGAAAAAAAUACUCCGACACACAUGAGCAGAGGCGCCGUCACUAUAUAUCGUGCCAGACUAGAGAUGUAAGAGUAGUGAACGAGUCGUUCAAAACUCACUGAAACGUUAGUCACGGCUACUGAUCGUCUUUGUUAGCUCGUUCGCUUACUUACCCUGCUACCGUUCGCUUAAUUAUGUCAGGGCGUGAUUCGGGACAAGUCAGGGGAUGCGACAGACCUUGAUGGUCAUGCGCUCUGUGAUUGGUGAUUUGAGUGAAUUGAGUACCCGAAUCAUGCAGGUUUCUGUGCACACGCGCUGUGACAAGUGAUUCUAGUGAAACUAGUACCCGAUUGAGACCUUGGUCCACAUGUGCGAGUUUCUGCACGUGCGCUCUGUAAAGGAUAACUCCAGUGAAUCAAGUACCCAAUUCACUCAUGAGCACUCACAGGAACUCGAGUUCAGUAAAAUGAAUCGAGUUUCCCAUCACUAUGCCAGUCUAAUUGCCAAAUGGCACCAGGUGCUGCUCGUGGCUCCGCCCAGCGCCCAACUCCCGGAAGUCUGCGGGCACAGAGAAAACAGGAAGUACCACAGCACACCAAAAUAAGGGCAUACAGCAUAGGACGUGACAUACAUUUAAAAAAAAAAAAAAAAAAAAAGACAACAAACGAAACAAAUUAUCCUGCCACAGCAAUACCACAGAUCUGAAAAGUAGGUUUAUAAAAAUGAAAAUAAGCUCACAUAACACCGUACGGUGGCCUAGUGGUCAGCAUGUUGGCAGGUUGAAAUCUCUUAUUUGGUCAUUUGCAUGUUCUCCAUGUGCAUGGGUUUCCUCCCACAUCCAAAAAACAUGCAUGUUAGGUUAAUUGGAGACUCUAAACUGUCCAUAGGUAUGAAUGUGAGUGUGAUUGGUUGUUUGUCUAUAUGUGCCCUGUGAUUGGCUGACGACCAGUCCAGGGUGUACCCAAAGUCAGCUGGGAUAGGCUCCAGCAUACCCCCACGACCCUAGUGAGGACAAGCGGCAUAGAAUGGAUAGAUGGAUGGAUAUAACUCAUCGGAAAACACAAAGGUGGUGUCUGUGUUGAUCUCUCUGCCACAUGGUGUCUUUGGCAAGAACACGUCUACAGUGAAGGUAAAAGGUAACCUUAAAUGUUCAUUUAACCUUUUCAUUCAUUUAUGCAUGUAUCUACUAUAAUUAUGUAUAAACUAUAAAAACGUGUUUUGUGUUAAUAUUUUUUAGAUUUGUGGUAUAACUGUUAGCAAAGAACAAGUCAACCAUUGAUGACGGGUGACGAAGCUGACUUCUGGUUCCUGUUUCCAUGUAUUAGCAAGCUGCUAAAAAGGACCUUUUGAAAAAGGGACAAAAAAAUUAACCACACAGUUGCACUUACGCAGUGUGUUAAUAACGUGACAAGAUGGCAAAAUUUUGCCAAAACUUUUUGAUGUUAACCAAAAAACACUAACCCUAACCUGGGCGUAUGCUAACAAAGGUUUCACCGUAUUAGCAAGCUCCUAACAAGGUCUUUUUGUGAUUAAAAAUACAUUAAGAACAGUAUAUUAAGGACAGAACAAGACGUGCACCAUAUUGUACGCUAAAUGGAAAAUGCAUGCAAACCAAGGCAAAAUUUUCAACGCUAACCAAAAAAAACACGCAAACGUACGCUAGUCGAGGUUUCACUGUACAGUACUUUUUCCAUGAUUUGAUUUGAUUCAUUACAUUUAUAAACUUGAACAUGAACAUCACAUUUUAUCACCAUCUAUAGCUCUAGAUCCACUCCAGGUCCAGUCAGUCACGGCAUGCCACAAGGCUCCACCCAGGGUACACUUUGAUUCAUAA